AUGGGGGGAAGUGGAGCAUUAAAUCAAGUGGCUGAUCACUUGAGCAGAAUAGCAGGAAAGGAGGAAGAAAUUCCACUGAAUGAAAAGUUUCCAGAUGAGUUUGUAUUUUCUGCUCGGACUCAACCUCCUUGGUAUGCUGAAUUGGUUAAUUAUUUAGCUGCUGCUGUUUUGCCUAUUCAUGCAUCUAGGCAUUAUAUAGAUAAAUUGAAAUCUGAUGCAAAGUAUUAUGUGUGGGAUGACCCUUAUUUGUGGAGGUUUUGUAGUGAUAAAAUCAUUAGGAAGUGUGUGCCUGAUAUUGAAAUAAAUGGAAGUUGUGAGGUUUCUCAAAAGGCUGGAGGGAAUAUAACUAGGAGAAAUGAGAUGCCUCUGCAGAAUAUAUUAUUUUGUGAAAUCUUUGAUGUAUGGGGCAUUGAUUUUAUGGGACCCCUGCCAAGCUCAUCUGGGUAUUCUUACAUUCUGUUGGCUGUAGAUUAUGUGUCUAGGUGGGUAGAGGCAAAAGCAACCAAGUCGAAUGAUGCUAGAAUAGUCUCAAAAUUCUUGAAAACUAACAUUUUCUGCAGGUUUGGGGUUCCAAAGGCAAUAAUUAGCGAUCAAGGCACACAUUUCUGCAAUCAGCUUAUAGCAACACUUCUGAGCAGAUAUGGAGUGAAACAUAAGGUGUCUACACCUUACCACCCACAAACAAAUGGGCAGGCAGAGGUUUUUAACAGAGAAGUGAAGAAGCUGCUCCAAAAACUGGUCCAGCCAAAUAGGAAGAAUUGGAGUGAGUUACUAGAUGAAGCAUUGUGGGCACAAAGGACAGCAUAUCGUACACCUCUUGGGAUGUCACCUUUCAGGAUAAUAUUUGGCAAAUCAUGCCAUUUACCAGUAGAGAUUGAACACAAGGCAUUCUGGGCUGUUAAAAGGUGCAACUUGGAGUAUAAUAAAGCUGGGAAGCAGAGGAAAUUGCAGUUACAAGAGCUGGAUGAAAUCAGGCUGGAGGCUUAUGAGAACUCAAGGCUUUAUAAAGAGAAAGUGAAGAGGUUUCAUGAUAUGAAUAUAUCAAGGAAAGAGUUCGGCGUGGAUGGAUACUCAGGAUACAAUCAAAUUGUGAUAGAUCCAAAAGACCAGGAGAAGACGACAUUCACUUGUCCUUUUGGUGUCUUUGCUUACAGAAAGAUGCCAUUUGGGUUAUGUAAUGCUCCAACCACAUUUCAACGGUGUAUGCAUGCAAUUUUUGCAGAUCUCAUAGAGAAGUGUAUUGAAGUAUUCAUGGAUGAUUUCUCAGUCUUUGGAGAUUCUUUCCAAAGGUGUUUGGCAAAUCUAGAUACUGUGCUCAAAAGAUGUGUUCAAACAAAUCUGGUGCUUGAUUGGGAGAAAUGUCAUUUCAUGGUAACAGAAGGAAUUAUGUUAGGGCACAAGAUUUCCGCUAAGGGGAUUGAAAUAGAUAAAGCUAAGGUAGAGGUAAUUGAGAAACUUCCUCCACCAACAAAUGUGAAGGGAAUUAGAAGCUUUCUAGGUCAUGCUGGAUUUUAUAGAAGAUUUAUCAAAGAUUUCUCAAAAAUUGCUAAACCAUUAAGUAAUCUUCUUGUCAAAGACGCACCUUUUGUAAUGAAUGAUGAAUGUUUGAAAGCUUUUGACACAUUGAAAAGCAAAUUGGUUUCGAUUGUAGCUCUAGAUUGGAAUCAGAAUUUUGAACUAAUUUGUGAUGCUAAUGAUUAUGCAACAGGAGCAGUACUUGGCCAGAGAAAAAGGAAGGUAUUUCACACUAUCUAUUAUGCAAAUGGAUAUUCUGGAUACAAUCAAAUUGUGGUAGAUCCAAAAGACCAAGAGAAGACGGCUUUUACUUGUCCUUUUGGUAUCUUUGCCUACAUAAAAAUGCCAUUUGGAUUAUGUAAUGCUCCAACUACAUUUCAGAGGUGUAUGCAGGCAAUUUUUGCAGAUCUUCUAGAAAAGUGCAUUGAAGUCUUCAUGGAUGAUUUUUCAGUCUUUAGGAAUUCCUUCCAAAGGUGUUUGGCUAAUUUGGGCAUUGUUCUUAAAAGAUGUGUUCAGACAAAUCUUGUUCUCAAUUGGGAGAAAUGUCAUUUCAUGGUAACAGAAGGUAUUGUGCUAGGACAUAAAAUUUAUGAUAAAGGGAUUGAGGUGGAUAGAGCCAAAGUAGAAGUCAUUGAGAAACUGCCUCCACCAACAAAUGUAAAGGGAAUCAGGAGUUUUCUAGGUCAUGCUGGAUUUUACAGAAGGUUCAUCAAAGAUUUUUCAAAAAUUGCUAAACCGUUAAGUAAUCUUCUUAUGAAGGAUGCUUCUUUUGUGAUGAAUGAAGAAUGUUUGAAAGCUUUUGACACAUUGAAGAAUAAAUUAGUGUUAGCUCCAGUAAUUAUAGCUCCAGAUUGGAAUAAAAAUUUUGAGCAAAUGUGUGAUGCUAGUGAUUAUGCAAUAGGAGUCGUUCUUGGCCAGCGAAAAGAGAAGAUAUUUCAUCCAAUUUAUUAUGCCAGCAAAGUUCUGAAUGAUGCUCAGUUGAAUUAUUCUACUAUAGAGAAAGAGUUCCUGGUUAUAGUAUAUGCGUUAGAGAAAUUUAGACCUUAUCUUAUUGGGUCUAAGGUGAUUAUUUAUAUAGAUCAUGCAGCUAUCAAAUAUUUGUUGACAAAGCCAGACUCUAAGCCACGUUUGAUUAGAUGGGUGUUACUUUUGCAAGAAUUUAAUGUGGAGAUCCGUGAUAAGAAAGGGAGUGAGAACUUGAUUGCUACCCAUUUGUCACGGCUAGUCAACAAGGAGAACAGCAAUGAAGACAUCCAUGGGAUUAUCACCUUUUCAAUUAGUUUAUGGAAAAGCAUGCCAUUUUCUAGUAGAGUUGGAGCAUAG